AACAAGUCUUCCAAAGAUCUUUGAAUCACAACACUGACUUUUGAAAUUCGAUCUACAGUAAGCGUCGCAAUCCUGUUGUCAAGAAGACCAAGAAAGGCGCAAAGGUUACCAUCAGCAAGAAGAACAAGGAGGCAACAGUCAACAACAAUCAGACCAACAAGAAGGAGACCAAGGCGAAGAAGGUAGCUAUGGAACCUCGCGCUCGAGUCGGUCGAAACCGUGGCCAGCAGAAUUUCUCUGACCAAGAACUCCAACACUUCCUGUUCGCCCAUGGCGAUGUACCAAACUCUCUGGAAGAUACAAAGAAGGUUUUCGACGAGCUCAUGACCGACUUCAUUACCGAACUCUGCUUCGAAGCACAACGUUCCGCCCAACUUGCUGGCCGCCAAAAGAUCAAACUCGACGAUAUCAAAUUCGCCUGCCGUAAGAAUCCAAAUUACCUGGGCAAGAUCGAGGAGACGAUGGACAAGAAGACUCAAAUCGAGGCUGCUCGGAAGCUACUUGAUCAGAACGAUGAUAAGAUUACAAAGUCCAACGUGAAGGCUCUCGAGGAGGAACCUCUUGGAGAUGCUGAUGAUGACAUGGAGCUUGAUGCGAGGACCAUUGGCGGAAAGAGCACAGGUACUGGUGCUGGCAAGUGAUUGUUGGCCACGGACGCUUUACGACUGUUACGAUUUCCCUUUCGUUCUUCAACAAUCGACCAUACCCCCAACUAUUAAGAUCCUUUAACGCUCGACACCACCAGGUUUUGACCUCUGCCAGACAUUUCCUCCAGUUCACACUGUUUGGAGACGACUUUGGGCAACAGCCGUUCUUUAUCGCUCUCACAUUCUACGAAAAUGGUUUCUACAUUACAGCGAUGAUAUUUGCAUUUCAAUGGCGUCUUGAGGUCCGGAAGCAUUAUGGAGGAGUUUAUGGAACUGGUGCAUCUCAGAAGCGCUGAUACCCGAAGACUUCUUCUCAUGUUUUUCUGCAUUUGAAAGACAAUCAAUGAUUUCAAC